UCCCAUUCUCCCUCCAACCUCCCCUCCCUUUCAGCUUCGACUCCAAACCUCGGAUUCGUUCCUCCAGACUUCACCUUCGGAUCCGAACCUCAUUUUUGCUCCUCUGUUCGUUGAAAAUUUCGCACUAUUUCGAUCACUUUAUCUCUCUCUCUCUUCGAGCUCAAAGAAAACACUCAUUUCUCUCUCCCCCCUCUCUCUCUCUAAAAAUCUCGUUCGGAUGCAAACCCUAACCCUUCUCUCAAAAUUUUGACACUCUAAAAGGAUCGAUUUUUCGAGCUCCAUUUCAAAGGCUUUCUCCAAUUCACUGAUAAGGUUGAGUUUUGAAACGUGGCAACUGGGGUGAAUGUUUAAAUGUCCAGAAGAGGUAGUAAUUUUCUUCUCACAAAAUUUUAGCUGCUGAAUAUUUGUGGCUCGGAUUAUCUAUGCCUGGCAACGAAGUUGGAGACAGGAUCCAUAAUUUCCUUGGCCAAGAGAGUUUGUCCCAGGGCCAGCAUCACUCACAGGUCAUUGACGGUACCUGGCCUGGUUUAAGUAACAAUCUGUGGGUUGGAAGCCAGCGACAAGUUGGUGGGCCUCUUGUUUCCAGUUUGAAGAAUUUCAGUGUAAAUCAAUUAGCUGAGUCUGACAGAGGACAUGGUGGUCAGUCUUCAAGCCUGCAGCAUGGCCUGAGCUUCACUCAAUCAGCUUUUAGGCCUGAAAUUGCCAGAAGUCAAUCACAAAACCAACCACCAUUUGUAAAUGGCUAUAUGCAAGGGCAUCAGUCUUUCCAGGCAAGGCAGGGUGAAACAAACUUUUUGGGAGUGGAUACAGCAUCUAGAGGCUUAUCAGCUCUUGAUUCACAGAUAGGAAACGGCCCUGAUCUUCAUAAGAAAAAUUCAUUGAGGUUGGAAUCUAAUGAAUCUCCAGUAAAUUACGAUUUUUUUGGGGGGCAACAGCAAAUUAGUGGACAACAUCCUGGCAUGAUCCAGCCUUUGCCAAGGCAGCAGUCGGGGAUGACUGACGUGCAGGUAUUACAGCAAAAUGCUAUGCUGAAGCAAAUGCAAGAAUUUCAGAGGCAGCAACUUCAGAAGCCACAGUUUCAGCUACCGGAAGCAAGGCAGUUGAGCUCUGCGAAUCAGGUUUCCUCUGUUGUAAAACAGGGAUCAGGUAGCCUUUCUCCUGCUCCAAUCAAUGGUGUUCCUGUCCACGAUGCUACAAAUUAUUCCUGGCAGCCUGAGCACAUGACACCAAAUGCAAAUUGGCUACAGCAUGGUGCCUCUCCAGCCAUGCUGGGAUCCUCUAGUGGAUUUAUGUUUUCCCCUGAGCAAGGCCAGGUGCGUUUGAUGGGUUUGGUUCCUCAACAAGUUGAUCCAUCAUUUUUUGGGAUCUCUAGCAGUGGUGCAAGAGGAAAUCCAUAUCAAUAUUCUUCUGUCCAAAUGGAUAAGUCUAUAAUGCAGCAGGUGCCAGCCAGUAGUAAUUCGUCUCCCGGUAAUCAGUAUGCUAUGUUUCCAGAUCAAGUUGGCUUGCAAGAUGGAGCUUCAGUUUCUAGACAGGGUGAUCCAGGUAAAAAUAUGUUUGGUGCUGCAGCUGGUCAAGGUUUAAAUAGUGGAUUUCACUCAGAAAACUUGCAGCAAAUGGCCAUCCAGCCAAAAAAUGCACUGAUGCAGGAGUCUCGUGGGAGGCAAGAACAUCUUGGUCUAUCAGAAACAUCCCUGGAGAAGUCAGUGAUUCAGGCUGCCCCCUCUGCGAAUGUGGCUACGCUAGAUCCAACUGAAGAAAAGAUUUUGUUUGGUUCAGAUGACAGUGUAUGGGAUAUCUUUGGAAAGAGCGCCAGCAUGGGCUCAGUGUUGGAUGGUACAGACUCUUUGGGGCCAUUUCCUUCUGUGCAAAGUGGAAGUUGGAGUGCUCUCAUGCAGUCAGCUGUAGCAGAAACAUCUAGUAAUGAUAUAGGGGUACAGGAAGAGUGGAGUGGUUUGGGUGUGCAGAAUAGUGAACCUCCAAGUGGGAGCAUGCAAUCAUCAAUUGUCAAUGAUGGCAGCAAACAGCAAUCAGCUUGGGCCGAUAACAACUUGCAGAAUGCCUCGAUGCUGAACUCUAAACCUUUUCCCAUGCCUACUGAUGCCAAUAUCAAUCUUGAUUUUUGUAGUGUUCCUGGGGUUCAGCAAUUGGGAGUUCAGACUGCAAAUGAACAGGCUGGGAGAAUGCAGAAUGAUUUGUCUCAGAGAUUUGUUCAGCAGUUAACAGAAGAAAGAAGCAAAUGGUUAGAUCGCAGUCCUCUACAAAAGCCUGUAGCUGAAAGUGCUCAACUCUUUGGAAAUGUUGCUCAAUCUCCAGAUAUGCAAGUAAGUCCAAAGAACAUUUCAGGUCACCAACAAGGCAUAGCAGUAUAUAAUCCUCGUGGUCUGCCGCACAAUAAACCAAAUGGUUGGAACUUCAUUGAGUCUGCAUCACAUAGUGGUGGUGCCAUAUCUAAAAAUCAGGAUAUUGAAAGCUCAUUGCAACCUUCUCAGAAUAGUGAUCAGAAAGGUGCCAUGUAUGAGGAGAGAGGUCAUGGUUCUGGUCUUGGUCAUCCUGUUCCUGAUGCAAAUAUUGAAUCAGGGAAUGUGAAUUCUGGCUUGGGAAGCCCUCAGGUAAAUAGGGAAGGUUCUGAUCUGAAUAAUUUUGCUGCAAUUACAGAUUCAGGCAUGACAAGGGUCACCAAGGAGAGCUGCCGGCAACUUCCAAACAGUAAUAAUCUUAAUCUCUGGAAAAGUGUUGAUUCUAAAGGAAACUCUGGACUAAGCAGGGUUCCAUCAAAAUAUCAGCAAAAUCAGGAUAAGGGCCCUCAAACUUUUGAUUCGACAGGAAAUAGUUGCUUGGACAAGGGAGCAUCUGUAACAAAAAUCUUGGAUAACCCCAAUGUCAAAGAAACUUCCAAUGACAGUUUUCGCUCAAACAUAUCCCACCAUAAUUCCACUGGUGGCAUAAGAGACAAUGUCUGGUUGGAUGCAAAUGAUCCACGGGGAGGAAAACAGAAGUCAUCUGUUCAUGUUAGUCGUAAACCUUCUGGAAAUCGUAGAUUUCAGUAUCAUCCUAUGGGGGAUCUGGAUAUGGAGGUUGAGCCGUCUUAUGGAACUAAAAGUGUCACACAUUCACAGGCAAUCUCCCAACAUGUUUCUCAAGGAAUGAAAGGUCAUGACCAAGUAUAUUUUGGGCAGUCAAAGUUUACUGGUCAUGCUGUUGGAGAGUCUACAGAAGCUGAGAAGGGUCGUUUUCCUGGCAUUCAAGUAGAUGGGGUACCUUCCAAAAGCUCAAAUCCUGAUUCUGUGCCUGACAGAUCUUUUGGUGGUUUUGUGCCAAACAGGACAGCUCCAAUGAGUCAAAAUAUGCUGGAGCUUCUUCAAAAGGUCGAUCAGCCCAGUGAACGUGGUACUGCAACACACUUAAGCUCUUCUGAACGCAAUCAAUCAUCUGAAAUGCCAGAUGCAGAAACUUCUGAUGGAUCGGUGGGCCAGUUUCAGCAUAAUAGGCCUUCUGCUUCUCAAGGUUUUGGUUUACAACUAGGUCCCCCAUCUCAAAGGUUUCCAAUUCCAGAUCGCGCAAUUUCAUCUCAGAGUUCUCCUCAAGGAGUUAAUUCUCUAAAUUCAGUUCAUGUCUCUUCUGAGGUAGGAAGGAAGGGUCAGACAUGGUUGGGUCCAACAGCUUCUGUUCAGUCCUCAAGUCAUGGACCACUCCAUGGAGAAAUUAGGGAUAAUGUUUCAAAUGUCUCUGGUCAAACCAGCAAUAAAGCCUCACAAUGUAAUAUCCAGGGCAAUGUUUCUGCAGAUUUCACCUCUGAUUAUCCUUAUUUAAAAAGUCAUCUUCAAAACCAGCAUGUUACUGGUGUGGCUAGUCAGGUAACACCAAAUGAAUCAGUCAAUGCACCUUUUGGUGGGUUGGCAUCUCAGUCGAAGCAGGCCAAUGACUCUUGUGAGAGAGCUCAAACUAGUCAAUUGGGAAGGAAAUCAGUGCCUCACAUACCCAAAAUUGCUCCAGAUAAUGACCUUGCUUCUUCUUCAGAGACUUCUCGGCCAAGUAGUAGCAACCAAAACCAUGCGCGGGACCCAGGCCAGCAGUUUCCAGUGUUGGAGGCUAUGCCAGCUUACCAACCUUCUGCUCCAUCUGAAUCUUUACAGCAAGGUGCUUUUACCAAAAUGUUGCCUAAUGUAUGGACCAAUGUCUCAGCCCCACAACAUCUAUUGGGAGCCCAGUCUUCUCGGUCCUCGCAAAAUUUUUUUAAGUCCCACCCUCAGUCAAAUAUUAACUCAGAAACAACUCUUCCUGGAAUAAAGAAGCUAGAUGAUCAAAUUGCCCGGGCUGGAGUGAGUGGCCAAUCUGGGUUUCCUGCAGGCUCUGCUAAACCACAAAGCUUUGUUGGAGAAGAGCAACCAGCAAAAGCCCAGCAGGUAUUGCCUGAGAAUGAUGCCAGCCAAAAUCCUGCAAUUACACAAAGAGACAUUGAAGCUUUUGGCCGUUCUUUAAGUCCCAAUAGUGCUGUACAUCAGAACUAUUCAUUGUUGCAUCAGGUGCAGGCCAUGAAAAAUACAGAGACUGAUCCAAGUAGUAGGAGUGUCAAAAGAUUUAAAGGUCCAGACUCUGUUUUGGAUGCUCAGCAGCAGGAAAGUUCUCAAGGAGCAGAGCAGUUAUCUUAUGGAUCUGAUACUAUGAUGAGAGAUACUCCAAUUAAUCGUCCAUUAGUUCCUUCUGGGGAUCCUAAGAUGCUAAGAUUUUCAUCAAGCACUGGAGAUAACCGUGAGGCACAUUUAUCUUCUAAUGAUAUCCUGGCAUUUGCUCGGAAUGAUUCCCAGCAUUUCCCUAAUGGUAAUAAUUCAGCUGCUAAUCUCAGGGGUGAACACUCUCAGAUCAGUCCUCAGAUGGCUCCAUCCUGGUUUGAUCGGUAUGGGACAUUUAAAAAUGGGCAGAUGUUGCCUAUAUAUGAUGCUCGCAAAAUUGCCAUGCUGAAGGCUACAGAAAAACCCUUCAUUGUUGGUAGGCCGUCUUCUGACAGUCUGCAUGCUUUUCAUUCAAGUGAGCAGGUUAAUGCUGCUGCUGAUACUAGUCAGCUGGAUAAUGCCCAGCAAAGCUCAAACCUCAUGCUGAUACCAAGUGAGCACAUCUCCCCUCAUUCGCUGCCUCCUGAUAUUGCAAAUCAGAAUUUGGUUGUUGUGAGAGCAAAGAAGCGUAAAAGUAUGACAUUUGAGCUUCUACCAUGGCAUAGAGAAAUGACACAGGGUUCUCAAAGGCCUCAGAACAUAAGUGUGGCAGAGGUGGGAUGGGCCCAUGCAGCAAAUCGAUUGAUUGAGAAGGUUGAAGAUGAACCUGAAAUGAUUGAAGAUUGGCCGCCAGUGCUAAGAUCGAAAAGAAGGCUUAUCUUGACAACACAUCUUAUGCAGCAACUACUCUGUGCUCCUUCAAGAGUAGUUCUUUCUGCAGAUGCUAGUAAAAACUAUGAGACUGUGGCCUAUUUUGUUGCCAGAUCAGCCUUAGGAGAUGCAUGCAGCACAGCAUAUAUACCUGAAAGUGAUACUGCUGUUCCUGCUGACUGUGAAAGCAUCAUCUCUGAAAAGUUUAAGAUGUCAGAGAGAAAUGGUAAUCAGUCCAUCUUAAAGGCUGCAGAAGAGUUUAUCAGCAGAGCAAAGAAGCUGGAAAACGAUUUACAGAGUCUGGACAAGAGAGCCUCAAUCUUGGACUUAAGAGUGGAAUGUCAGGAUCUAGAGAAGUUUUCUGUCAUCAAUCGUUUUGCCAAGUUUCAUGGCCGGGGGCAAGCUGACGGGGCAGAGGCCUCAUCAUCCUCUGAUGCAAUUGUGAGUGCUCACAAAUUCUUCCCUCGGAGAUAUGUUACUGCACUACCGAUGCCCAGGAAUCUCCCUGAUAGGGUACAAUGUCUUUCACUUUGAUCAUUAAUUAAUUGAUUUUUCCCUCUUUUUUGGCCAAUUGUCUUCUUAUCCCUCAUGCCUCUCUGGUCCAAUUUCUUCCAACUUAAAUAUUGGCACUUGCUCAUAAUUGAACCACACAAAUGGAAAUGUAGGAGAAGAAUGUCUCCUUAAUAGCAAUGGAGGAUCUUAGAUCUUUUCAGUGUAGGCCAUUGAUGUCAUAUUCUUGAGAAAUAUAAGUUGGUCUUUGUAUACUUGUUUGAAAAUCUUGAGAGAAGUGAGGUGCCCCGUGAUUUUUCGGUAAAUGGGGAGAACAGAAGAGCAUUCUGAUUUUUCAACAGAUAGCUGAAUUUUCAGGUAAUUAAAUGUAUUUAUUAAGCCUUUGGAUGCGUUCCAUUCAUAAGUAAAGGGUUUCACCUUUCUCCUCUUCUCUUCUUUCCUCUCUCAGACAGAAAGGGGCUGGGGUUUAGGAAUUGCUGAUGUUUACAAUAUAAUGAGCCGAAGCCUUGAAUGGGUUAUAUAAGCUAUGAAUUUUAGUUUAGGCUA